AUGGGUUUAAGUGAGGAUGGACCCACCUAUGCCAUUUAUCAUGAGGUUCCUUUCGUGGGCCUAGGAGUGUUUGCCCUUACUGGAUCGUCGAAAUUAUUGCCACACGAAAUUCAAUUACAGUACAAUUUGCUGCUCAAAUGGUCAACUGACCUUGACCAAAGUGAACAACGAGUGCAAAUGGAGCACAAAGAAGUGGAUGGUGAUGAUUUUUCGGACAUUACCCUCCGGCUUUUUAAGCUCUCUGAUAUUGAUGAUUUCAUGGUAUGGGCCACAGACGAUGAAGCGAGUAGAUUUUGCUCCUGGGAAACAUUCUCCUCUAAAGAAUCUACCAUGGAAUAUAUUGUUAAUGUUAUUAUCCCCCACUCCUGGUUCAGAGCUAUAUGUCUAAACGGCCGCCCUAUUGGUUCAAUUUCUGUGACACCAAAUGAGAGUAGUAAGUAUAUGUGCAGAGCUGAAAUUGGCUAUGUCAUAGGCUCCAAGUAUUGGGGAAAAGGAAUAGUGACGCGGGCAGUGAAAAUGGUGGCCAACACUAUAUUUGUGGAGUGGCCACAUUUAGAGAGACUUGAAGCUCUGGUGAAUGACGAUAACCCGGGCUCACAGAGGGUGUUGGAGAAGGCCGGGUUCCAGAGGGAAGGUGUUCUAAGGAGGUAUGUUAUAAUGAAGGGGAGAACUAGAGACAUGGUCAUCUUCAGUCUUCUCUCUACCGAUCAUCGGCUUGAUUAG